UAAUAAUAAUAAUAAUAAUAAUUUACCGUUCAACGCUUUAGACAUCUCAGUAGAUUAUUAUCAAUAAUUUUUUCAAUUUUAUUCAGGAGGUAAUAUGCUAUCCCUGAGAGCAAUUCAAUUCUCACGACAGGACUGUAUUGCGCGCUCAGUGUACGACAGCAAUAUUGCAAGGCACGCUAGUGAUAAUAACGUCGGCGAUAAUAACAUAAUAACAGAAGCUGCGGAGAGCUGGAGCAGGGAGCUCAGGAGCAAGGACGCGUAACAUGAAAUCAACCGAGACAUGCAGGACAAUGGGACAGAUCUGAAUAGAGCUGCAUUAAAGCAAACGUGGGCGGGAGGAGCGUGUUUUUAUUAUCUGCAAACGACAAAGACAAAAUAACCAAAUACAGUGAGAGAGCGGAUCAGACAGGAUUGGAGUUCCGGCAGUGUGUCUCAUAUACUCGGAUUGGAGAAGCAGCGUUUGGAUGCGGUUUAAUCUGCAUGGUGCGAGCGUUUUAGCCAAGUGACACCACUGGACGAGAUAUUGAGAGGACAGCGCGCUGCUAUCGGUUCAAAGCAAUCAGUGCAGAAGUGCUGACGAAUGCACGAAGGAUUUUACGCAGACAGUUCCUACCAUGGCGAGAUUUUUUCCAGUUCGGAAUCGUCGUUAAAUAUGUUUUGGCGCAAAGCCUAUGUCAUGACAGACAAUCGAGACAUGAUGUAGGGGAGAAGAAAAGCACACGGGCGCGCAUUUUCUGCAGACAUUUUUGUUUUUAUUCUCACCUGAAUCAUUACAUUGUUGUUUCAUUAUUUUUUUUUGCAAACGCAGAAGGCACGGUUCCUGGCUGUGGAUUUUUGUUAUUAUAAUAAUCAUUCUCUCUCUCACUCUCUCGUCCAUGGACCUGCGACCGCAGUAUUCACUUCGUUUCUUGCCAUAUGCUCAUCGUGGUCUAGCAUGGAGCCUAUUCUUCUUCACCCUCGCCAGCCUGGAGAAUAGUAAAAGAGACACCGAGCGAACAGAUUCAUGUGGCAGGCACAGCUGUGUGCAUGCUUGCGUGUGUGCAGAAACGCUGCAGACGGAGAGAUCAAUGAGAGCGUCAUUGUUUUGAACAUUCUGAACGCCCCCAUCGCUGACACAUACAUGGGAAAUACAGAGAUCGCAUUUUAUUAUCAUUCUAAUUAUUAUUUUUAAAAACAUUUUAUUUGAAUUGACUUGUUUUGUUUAGUCGCCGGAUUCGCCUACAGAUUUAUUUUUUUUUUUCAAAAUGACGGUGGAAGGCUCAACUAUAAAGAGCCGGAUUAAAAACCUGCUCCGGUCUCCUUCCAUCAGACUCAGGAGGAACAAAGCCGGCAGCAACAAGGAGAGCCUCGGCAGUAAAGUGACCCUGGAGAAGGUACUCGGCAUCACUGCCUCAGGGAGCAGUGGACUGGCUUGUGACCCUCGAACUGGACUGGUGGCGUAUCCUGCAGGGUGUGUGAUCGUGCUGCUGAAUCCCAAGAAGAACAAGCAGCAUCACAUUCUCAACAGGAAAACAAUCACAGCGCUGGCUUUCUCUCCUGAUGGCAAGUACCUGGUCACUGGAGAGAGCGGUCACAUGCCUGCGGUGCGGGUGUGGGAGGUGUCGGAGCGCUGUCAGGUCUCAGAGCUGCAGGAACACAAGUAUGGCGUGGCCUGCGUGGCCUUCUCCCCCAACAGCAAGUACAUCGUCAGCGUGGGCUACCAGCACGAUAUGAGCGUCAACGUGUGGGCGUGGAAGAAGAACGUGGUCGUGGCGUCUAACAAGGUCUCCAGCAAGGUGACGGGUGUGUCCUUCUCUGAAGACUCCUCCUACUUCGUCACCGCCGGCAACCGGCAUGUCAAGUUCUGGUACCUGGACCACGCCAAGUCCUCCAAGGUGAAUGCCACGCUGCCUCUGCUGGGCCGCUCCGGGCUGCUCGGAGAGCUGCGUAAUAACUUCUUCAUGGCGGUGGCAUGCGGGCGCGGGCGCAAGGCGGGCAGCACGUUCUGCAUCACCUCGGCCGGGAGGCUCUGCGAAUUCAACGACAAGCGACUGCUGGACAAGUGGGUAGAGCUGAGGAAUACAGAUGGUAUAACAACGACUCUGGCCUCCUCCCUGUCGGUGAGUGAGGAGUUGGUUUUCUGUGGCUGCUCAGACGGGACGGUGCGUGCCUUCAAUCCCAUUAACCUUCACUUCAUCUGCACCCUGCCCAGACCCCACAGCCUGGGCAUCGACAUCGCUACUGUCACUGAGGCCAGCCACCUGUUCUCCCCUGACCCGGAGGCGCGGUACCCUGACGCUGUGGCUGUGACCUAUGACCCUGCGAGCCGCUGGCUGUCCUGCAUGUACAGUGACCACAGCCUGUACGUGUGGGACGUGAGGGAGCCACGCAAAGUGGGCAAGGUGUACUCAGCACUCUACCACGCGGGCUGUGUGUGGAGCGUGGAGGUGUACCCCGAGGUAUGUGACAGCUCUCUCUCCUGCCUGUCUCCCGGCUCUUUCCUCACCUGCUCCUCCGACAACACGCUGCGGCUCUGGAACAUGGAUGUGCCGGGCGCCGCACUGACCCGCAACGUGCUGAGCAAUGAUCUUCAGAAGAUUUUGUACAUGGACAAUAACACUGCCGCCCUGGUGGACUCUGAGAGCAGUGCAGCAGGUAGUGCGGAGAAGCCCUCAGAUUCCCAAUCCAACGACACCAAGACCGGCAUUAGAACCCUGUGUGUGAGUCCAGAUGGGCAGCACCUGGCAUCAGGAGACCGCAGCGGCACCCUCAGGGUCCACGAGCUGCACUCCAUGGGGGAGAUCCUGAAGGUUGAGGCCCACGACUCUGAGAUACUUUGCCUGGAGUACUCCAAACCAGAGACUGGUUUGUCUCUGUUGGCCACGGCGAGUCGGGACCGGUUGAUCCACGUUCUGGAUGCUGGGCAGGAUUACCGUCUGCUACAGACCCUCGACGAGCACUCCUCCUCCAUCACUGCGGUCAGGUUUGCUGCAAACGAGGACAAGGUGCGGAUGAUCAGCUGUGGAGCCGACAAGAGCAUCUACUUCCGCACUGCCCAGCAGAUGGCAGAGGGCACGCGCUUCACCCGCACUCACCACAUCGUGCGCAAGACCACCCUGUACGACAUGGACGUGGACCCCAGCCGCAAGUACGCUGCCGUGGGCUGCCAGGACCGCAGCAUCCGGAUAUUCAGCAUCAGCAACGGGAAGCAGAAGAAGCUGUAUAAGGGCUCCCAAGGAGAGGACGGGACUCUCAUCAAGGUGCAGACAGACCCCUCCGGGCUCUAUAUCGCCACCAGCUGUUCAGAUAAGAACCUGAGCAUCUUCGAUUUCUACUCUGGCGAGUGCGUGGCCACCAUGUUUGGACACUCAGAGAUUGUGACGGGGAUGAAAUUCACCAAUGACUGCAAGCACCUGAUCUCAGCCUCGGGAGACAGCUGUAUCUUCAUCUGGCGUUUGAACCCAGAGCUGACCAUCAGGAUGAGGCAGAGGCUGUCAGAUCUGAAACAGAAAGGCAAGCCAGCCCAGAAAACACCCCCGCGAAAACACUGCACUCUGAGACGUGACACGUUCAGCACCCCCCCGCCCGUUACCAUGUCCUCCGACAGCGACAAGGAAGCGGAGGAUGAUGGGAUGGAGGAGGAGGAGCAGCAGGGGGUUCCGGACGAGGGCCGAGCUGCACAGGAGCCCCCACUGUACUCCGCCCCCCCUCGGCCCCGCCGCCGCUGGUGUCACCGUGGAAACAGUGCGGAGCUCACCGUGAAGUCCAUGCUGGACCUGCGGCAGCUCGAAGCACUGAGCCUGGAGCCGGAGCAGGGAGGGGCAGGGAGCACAGCCAGCCUGCUCACCAUCGGAGCAGAGGUUGAGGAGUGCUUUUUGGGGUUCCCUCGUCCGUACCCGCGCCCCCACUCCAUCCAGCUGACCCCCUUCGGAGAGGAGGGAGUGCACCCCGAGAGUGAGGAGCCCGUGCUGUACCCCGACAGAGCCCAGGACAGUGUCAGCCUGGCCGGGAGUGAGUACCAGGUGAAGGAGCUGCCCCAGGGGAAGCGGAGACGGGGUUACCCAGGUAACAGCUGCCAUGACAAGCACAGCCCAGACAGUGCCUGCUCAAUGGAUUACUGUAGCAGCCGCCUGUCCAGCCCUGAACGGCCCAGAGAGGACUCGGAGGUGACAGAGCCGCUCAGUGUGGACGGGCACUCCUCCGAGGGGGAGGAGCUAGAUGAAGAGGAGGAGGAGUUUACAGGGAGUGUGUCAGAGGGGGCGGUACCAACCACGCCCGAUCAGGAAGCAUUCCUCAAACAGCACUUUGAGACACUCACCGAACUGACCAGUGCAGAGGACGCGUGCAGAGCAGCGAGCAGCACGGAGAAUCUCAGCAUCUCAUCCCGCUUCCUGUGCCAGACCUCCGCCAGCAGGAGUCCGUUUCCUUUCCCCAGCCGGAGCACCCCCGAAGUGAACUCUCAGAAUGAAGGGGGGGUGCGGGGAGCCCGCGAGGGCCAGCCUGCCCAGGACCCCCCUCGCCUUCCCUUCGCUCUGAAGAAGCGUAACCCUGCCGCUGAGGGCCGCAGGGGGAACACAGCGAGAGGGCAGAGUGCCUCGGCCAGAGAGCAGAGUGCAGCCGCCACCAUGAGGAAGUGUCAUUCAGUGCACAACCUGGCGAUCGACGCUGAUCAGCUGCUGACUUUGGCCAGUCCCUCCAAGGAGCUCCAGACACCCCCCCAGCCGGGCGACAGAGACAGAGAGGCACGUCCCCAGGCCCCCCGGCGCUCCCUGCCAACCGUCCCCACCUCCGUGCUGGGCAAGGACAGCCUCUGCCAGCCCCGGGCCUGGAAGCCACGUUCCUACAUGAAUCCCACCACCAGCUCCAUGGCAAAGAUGUCCCGUUCUGUGUCCAUGGGGGACAGUCUGAACCUGAGCGAGGCAGGGGACCCUAGCGGCCCUGCCCUGGCCUCCUCUACCUCUCCCUCCCCUCCCUCCUCUACCUUAUCCUCUCCUGUCCCCUCUCUUUCCCUUCCCUCCUCUGCCUCUUCUACCCCCUCUCCCUCUGCCCCCACUCUCACUGUCUCCUGUCCCGCUGUCCCUUCUCACUCCCCCUCUCCUACCUCCUCUAUGUCCUCUCCCUCUGUUCCCUCUCUCUUCCUCUCCCAUCCCUCCUCUGCUACCCCCCCUUCCCCGUCCUCCUCCGCCCCACUUCCUCCCCCUCCUUCCUCUACCGCCUCCAAAUCAAGCUCUGUCCAAGACCAGGGGAAGCAGACAUUUGCCCGAGUGGCCGUACUGUCUUCUACCUCUUUGUCCCUCUCCCCCUCCUCCUCCUCCUCCUCCUCCUCCUCCUGCUCCUCAAUCUCUGUCCAGGCUCCUCGAGUGGCUGUGGUCCCCACUCUAAUCGGGGGCAGUGCCUCUCUGCGCUCCCCACAAGGGCUGCUCCACUCCAGGCAGUCCUCUCCCGGGGCUGGCCGUCCACACCUGGCCCUCGAUAUCCCCACCCCGCUGCCCGACAGACCCUCUCUGGCCUCCUUCUCCCCCGGCUCCAAGCAUGAGACCUUCCCAGGGGAGGAGAUCCUCAGUCCCAGCAGGGCAGAGAAGAAGCAGCCAGCCCGUCUGGAGUGUGCAGCUGGGGGGCAAACAGAAAAAAAGACUCCAGCCGAAGCGUCCAGCCCUGCUAUCACUGCUCCUGCUAAGUCAGAGGAACCGCGCUGUGGUUCCAAGGAUGAGGAGUCCCUUUAUGUCAGCGCUGGGAUUGAGGAGGCUGGCUCCAAGGACCUGGUCCCCAGUCCCUUCCCCUGCACCUCCCUCACCCCCCCGGACCCAGAGCCCACAGUGAGUGUGCAGAGCUGUCAUCUGGCUGCCCUGGAGCUGCAGAACAGUCUGCACCGAGCCCUGGAGCUGUACCGAGCGGUCCGGGGCAGUGGCAGUGCCGCAGGGCAGUCUGGCUUACAGGAGAGGGAGAUGGCUGGGAUCCUGUGGGAGACAUUCUCCGCUGUGCGCUCGGAGCUGGAGUCUGUGGAGGGGGCUGAGCCGAGUAGGGGGGGCCGGGCUCUGAGGCUCUCAGGAGGUUGGGGAGAGGAGCGCACUCUGGCUCUGCUUGAACAGUACUCUGAGCUGCUGCUGAGAGCCGUUGAAAAGAGACUGGAGCACAGACCAUGACUGAGCACAGACAGACACGCACAGAGACAGAGAUACAGACACAGACAGACAAACA